GAGAUUCUCCAUCGCUCCAUCCAUCCAGCAAGCAAGCAUCCAUCUCACUUCUCAAGUAUCUAUGUCUCUCUAGCUCCUCUAGCUAGCUAGCCACCAUGUCUGGUGUGUGGGUGUUCAAGAAUGGGGUGGUACGUCUUGUGGAGGGCCCGUCGGAGUCGGGGUGCGGGCAACCAGUGAGAAAAACGCUGCUGCACACGCCGAGCGGAGAAGCCAUGUGCUCCCACGAGGCCCUGGAGAGGAAGCUGCUGGACCUGGGGUGGGAGCGCUACCACGACGCCCCGGAAUUAGUCCAGUACCAGAAGCGUAGCUCCGUCCAACUCAUCUCCCUCCCCAAGGACUUCAACAAAGUCAAGUCCAUGCACAUGUACGAUGUCGUCGUCAAGAACAGGGACGCCUUCCAGGUCGUCAACGCCGCCGUCCACGUCCACGCCGAAAACAAGGCCAGUGCCGACAAGGCUGAGGCCGCCGAUGCCGAUCAGGGUGAGGCCUAAUAUGCAUGAAUGCCUGCAUUGGUGUGGGCGUGUGGCGUGCUAUAUUUACCAUAUAUCGUUGGUGUGGCGUGUUAAUGCUACGUACGUGUGGUUUGAUCAUGGUGCAUGUGCAGUGAAAGUGGUACCGUGUAGGCAGUUACUGAUUGUAUCGUCUUCGCCUUCGUUUUCAUUUGUUUAUGAACUUUUCAGGUUAAUUACCUUGAAUAAACCAUUAUUUGUAUUGAUCAAUUGAUGGAAGCGCUUAGGGCACG